AUGAAUUUCGCUUCUGUAGUUACUAUUAAUAUUCCAAUGUUCAUCAACCCUGCUAAAGUCUUCUUACCCGUGACCCAAAGAAUGAGGUUCUCCAAUCUCAUUUCAGACCAUUUUUUGUCUUGGCUGCUGCUGUUAUUGCUGCUGGAAAGCAGCAAUGCAGUUUCGAGAAAAGAAGAGCUGCAGACAUAUAUCAUCCACAUGGACAGCUUUCACAAGCCUGUCUCCUUCUCAACCCAUGAGUCAUGGCAUCGGUCCAUCCUAAAAUCAUUGCCCAGUUAUGUUGAUGACGAAGAAAUGUUGUUGUAUUCGUAUAACAAUGUUAUGCAUGGCUUUAGUGCCAGGCUCACACAAUCACAACUCUCUGAACUUGAGAAAUCUCCUGCUCAUCUUGCCACAUAUAAGGAGUCGUUUGGCAAGCCAUUCACCACCUACAGCCCUAAGUUUCUUGGACUAAGCCAUAACUAUGGCUUGUGGCCAACUGCAGCAUUUGGGGAAGGUGUGAUUAUAGGAAUCAUUGAUUCAGGAAUUUGGCCAGAGAGUGAGAGUUUUAAUGACAAGGGAAUGCCCCCUGCGCCAAAGAAAUGGAAAGGCCAGUGUGAGAAUGGCACUGCAUUUAGCCCUUCUAAUUGCAACAGCAAGCUCAUUGGAGCUCGAUCAUUCAGCAAAGGACUCAUAGCAGCACAUAGAAAUAUUUCCACUAAGAUUGAUUAUAACUCACCAAGAGACUUCUUUGGCCACGGGACCCAUACUUCAUCCACAGCUGCAGGGAACCAUGUUCCUGGAGUUAGUCACUUUGGAUAUGCAAGAGGCACAGCCACAGGUGUAGCUCCACGAGCACAUAUUUCCAUGUACAAGGUCAUCUUCGCAACAGAUACAGCAGAGACUGCAGCCAGUGAUGUGCUCGCUGGUAUGGACCAAGCAAUUGCUGAUGGGGUGGACAUCAUGUCCUUGUCUCUUGGUUUCAAUCAGACUCAUUACUUCAAUGAUGUUAUUGCCAUAGCUUCUCUUUCAGCAAUAGAGAAAGGGAUUGUCGUCGUAUGUGCAGUCGGCAAUGAUGGAGAUUUCAACUCAACACAUAAUGGAGCACCUUGGAUCACAACAGUAGGAGCAGGCACACUUGAUCGGAGUUUCACUGCAAAAGUGACUCUGGAAAAUGGGUUAACAGUGGAAGGAACAUCGUACUUCCCAAAGAGCAUUUACAUAACUGAUGCUCCUUUAUACUAUGGCAAAGAUAAUGACAGCAAAGCAUAUUGCCACCAUGAUGCAUUGGUUCCUGCUGAGGUCCAUGGCAAGGUAGUCUUUUGUGACACUGACACAAAAACUAAUGUUUUGAAACAAAAGAAAGAGCUCGAAAGGGUAGGUGCAUAUGCUGGAAUUCUGAUAACAAAUACAUCAGUACUGGGUUCGUUUGCGUUCAACAUUCCCUUCCUGAAAAUAUCAACCGCUUCUGGGGCCUUGGUUAGGGACUAUGUGACUCGGGUGCCCACGCCGAAGGUAAGAACCAUGGAAUUCAUAUUCACCAAGUUGGGUACAAAAAUGGCACCUCAAGUGGCCUUCUUCUCAUCCAGAGGACCUGAUCCGAUCAGUCCAAAUGUUCUAAAGCCAGAUAUUCUGGCUCCGGGAGUAGACGUGCUUGCAGCAAUUGUACCAAACCAGCCGUACAUGAAAAUGGACGGAUACCAAAUUGUGACGGAUUAUGCAUUAUUAUCAGGUACAUCGAUGGCAGCACCCCAUGUUGCUGGAGUGGCAGCUUUGCUUAAGUGUGUCCAUCCUGAGUGGAGCCCAGCAGCAAUUCGAUCGGCUAUUAUGACCACUGCAUAUGUCACAGACCAGAGUGGAACAAUUUUGAAAGAUCAACGGACAGGCCUUACAGCCACACCAUUGGAUUUUGGAGCUGGGCAUCUCAACCCAAACAAAGCCAUAGAUCCUGGACUCAUCUACGACAUGUACUUGCAAGAUUAUAUUGACUUCCUCUGCGGUCUUGGCUACACUGAAAAGCAGCUGAGAGCUAUCAUCAGGCGAAGCCAAUGGAAUUGCAGCCAAGAACUGGGCGAGCUAAACUAUCCUUCAUUCAUCAGCAUAUUCACCAAAGAAAACUCUCCAAUGGUGAAGAAAUUUAGCAGGGUGGUAACAAAUGUGGGAGAUAACACAGCUGUUUACAAUGCAACUCUAGUGAUUCCUCCUGGAAUGAGAGUCACUGUGGAGCCUAGUAGUUUGUCCUUCACUCAAAAAUUUCAGAAUCAAGGCUUUUCUGUGAGUUUGGAGAUUGAUACAGAUUCUCCAGCUGUGGUCUAUGGCUAUCUUAAAUGGAGUGAUCAACACAAUCAUGUGGUUUCAAGCCCUAUAGUGGCUGUUAAACUCUAAUUGAUCUUUUAAUUAGGCCAUGGAUCUUCUUGGAAGAUUAUUCUGUUAAUAUUUUCAUAUCAAUAAUUCAAGAUUGAAUGUUUGUUUUCUGAUGUAUGAAAUUAAGUACUCAAACUUUGAC